CUGGUUGGCCAAACUCGUCUCUUGCACUCCGUUCUGGUUGCGUCUGCCCACGCUGGUUUGUAGUCAUUGUACAGAAGUUGCCGAGUCGUGGUCCCAGCAGUCUGUUUCUCAAAGGCUGUGUGCCUCCACCGAGUAUCGCUGAUCAUUUUAAUCUAGUGAGUGUAUCCUGGUAUAUUACCAGAAUGAAAGCAAACGCUGGGACGGACCCGCUGGUCGCCGCGGUGGACCAGGGCACCAGCUCGACGCGCUUUCUGGUGUUCAAUGCUAGAACGGCCGAGGUUGUGAGUCAGCAUCAGGUGGAGAUCACACAGUUUUUUCCCAAAGAGGGCUGGGUGGAGGAGGACCCCAAGGAGAUCAUCCAGUCAGUGUACGACUGCAUAGAGCGGACGUGCGAGAAGCUCGGUCAACUCAACAUCGACCUCUCCAACAUUAAAGCGGUGGGCGUGACCAAUCAGAGAGAGACAACAGUGGUGUGGGAUAAGGGGACCGGGGAGCCACUCUACAAUGCCCUGGUUUGGCUUGAUCUGCGUACACAGUCCACGGUGGAAAGACUCAUCAACAAGUCCCCGGGCAAGAACAAAAACCACCUCAAGCCCAAGACGGGCCUGCCCAUCAGCACCUACUUCAGCGCGGUGAAGCUGCGCUGGCUACUGGACAACGUGGAGGAGGUCCGCCGGGCGGUGGAGGAGGACAGGGCCAUGUUUGGUACGGUGGACUCAUGGAUCAUAUGGUGUCUGAGUGGGAACACGGACGGAGGCGUUCACAUCACGGACGUGUCCAACGCCAGCCGCACCCUGCUCUUCAACAUCCACACCCUGGACUGGGACCUCGAGCUCUGCAGGUAUUUUGACGUCCCCAUGGAUAUUCUGCCCAAAGUUAGGAGCUCGUCGGAAAUAUAUGGAUGCAUGAAGUCCAGCUCUCUCUCAGGGGUGCCGAUCUCGGGGUGUCUCGGGGAUCAGUCUGCCGCCCUGGUUGGACAGAUGUGCUUCAAGGAAGACGCCAAAAACACGUAUGGAACGGGCUGCUUUUUGCUACGAAACACUGGAUCCAAGCCGGUGAAGUCUGAGCACGGGCUCCUCACCACUGUGGCCUAUCAGCUUGGCAGGGACCAGCCCGCCUGCUACGCUCUCGAGGGGUCGGUUGCCAUAGCGGGGGCGGUUGUCCGGUGGCUAAAGGACAAUAUGGGAAUUGUCAAGUCAACUGCCGAGAUAGAGAAACUGGCAGCUGCCGCGGGCUCGUCUUACGGCUGCUACUUUGUUCCGGCAUUUUCCGGGCUCUACGCCCCCUACUGGGAGCCCAGUGCACGAGGAAUCAUCUGUGGGCUGACUCAGUUCACCAACAAAAACCACCUGGCCUUCGCUGCCCUGGAGGCGGUCUGCUUCCAGACCAGAGAGAUCCUGGAUGCCAUGAACCAGGACAGCGGUGUUCCUCUAGACCAGCUCUGGGUGGACGGAGGGAUGACCUCCAACCGGCUGCUGAUGCAGCUGCAGGCCGAUAUCCUCUGCAUCCCCGUUGUGCGCCCCACCAUGGCGGAGUCCACGGCCUUGGGGGUCGCCAUGGCUGCAGGCGCGGCUGAGGGAGUGAAUGUCUGGGACCUGACCGCCGAUCAUCUUCCCCAGGUCGUCUCGGAGACCUUUGUGCCCCAGAUUAACCCUAACGAGAGUGAGUUCCGCUUCUCCCGCUGGAAGAAGGCUGUGCAGAAGGCCAUGAACUGGGAGACCAUAGAACCUGCCAGCCUCUCAAACGGAUUAGAGAAGAAGAUGAAGGGCCCUCCCUGGGGGGUCCCGCCGACCCCUGAGAUCAAAAGCAAUAACUGAACUUGGGAGAACCUUUGGUGGCCAAAGGCAACAAAGAAGGCCAUUGUGUGACCAAACGGAAGAUAAAAUUGCAGUUUGACCUUGACACUCACUGCCGUCAAAACUGAUAUUUUUUUUUUACGUUCAAAAAAUUUGAAUGUGAAGAAGAUUAAAUUGGUGCUGCAGUCCAAAUGCACAAUAUUUAAGUUAUCUCCUCCCCAGAACCCGCCCACCCCUCCUCCCCAGACCCCGCCUCCCCAGACCCCGCCCAACCCUCCUCCCCAGACUCCGCCCAACCCUCCUCCCCAGACUCCGCCCACCCCUCCUCCCCAGACUAAUGUUACGUUCGCCAAUUUUAAACCAACACAUCACGGGAACAUAACAUUGUCGGAGGAAACGUCUUUUUGCAAAUUGUCAUGAACGGUUAAAAGAGAAAUCUCAUGCGUGUCAUUUCCAGUAGCAAAACAAACUGCCAUGCUCAGGUUCACAAUUAAUUCCUCCUACUCUUAUGAAAUACUGUAUAUAUUUGACCACUGGCCAUAACCUUAUUUCAUUUUCCACUUCGUGGAAGCAAUGAAGGUUUAUUUUCCUCAAAGAAACUCAAAUUUAGUAACUUGAGAUGACUUUGAAGCUUUGACAUUUUAUUAUCCUUUGAAGGUGUUUUACUAUUUCUCAGAAUGUGAUGGUUGAAAAACUGAAUUUCUCAACCAAAGGUUUGCGCAUGCUCUGCCAGCUCUGGAACGCACUUUAUCAAUGACCUUGUGUCGAGCAUGGGCUAAUUUAAAGGGAUUUCAUGAGGGAAUGUGAAAUUGGGCUUUUAAUUAAUCCAUUUAAUUGACACAUCUAUGCAGUACUUGUUAAGUCCAAAUAUUUUAGCCUGCUACAUGUUGGAAAUCAAACCUGCCAUAAGAUCACCUAGAACACAGGUCAUGGCCCAGAUCAGAAACUGUAUACAUGUAUUGGGGUCUUGGUGACCGGGUUUGGUUACUUCCACUAAAAUAUCAGACUGAUGAUUCAUUUUAAAAAGGGCGAAUGACAAAUCAAGCUGUUUUUUGUUGAAACAUGUACAUAUGUUCAAUUCCUAUUUGUCUGAGAUGUAAUUUCAAUGUGCAAGAGCCCCUUUACUGAAAUGUACAGAUGUUUUAAUAAAACUCUUGAAAAUUGAA